UUUCCGUCUCUGAGAAAAAAAAUUCUUGGCCUCAAUGACUUCAAUCUUAUCAAUCAGCAUUAAUAUUUCCUCACCAUCACAACUAAUUUCUUGCUUCUCCACCUAUCGCCUCUAUAAAUUCCUCUAGUUUCGUACUCUACAUAGACAAAGUUAUAGUAGAAGAAAAGACGGUUUCUUUACUUAGGUAAAAAAUGUGGUUUGGGAAGAAGAGUUUGAUCUUGUAUCUUUUGGGGUACUUACUGUUUGAUGGCAUUGGCAUCGUCCAUUGCCAAGCUUGGAUUCGCCGACAUCGAUUUGUUGUGAAAGAAGCUCCUUACACAAGACUCUGCAGUACAAAGAAGAUUUUGACAGUGAAUGGGAAAUUUCCAGGACCAACUCUCUAUGCUCACAAAGAAGAGACUCUAAUUGUUGAUGUUUACAAUAGAGGAAAAUAUAACAUCACUAUUCACUGGCAUGGAGUGAAAAUGCCUAGGUAUCCAUGGUCAGAUGGUCCUGAAUAUAUCACACAGUGCGCAAUCAAACCGGGAGGAAAGUUCAGCCAAAAAGUAAUAUUUUCCGCGGAGGAAGGGACCCUAUGGUGGCAUGCGCACAGCGACUGGUCACGAGCUACCGUCCACGGUGCUAUUAUAGUCUAUCCUAAACAUGGCACUGUCUAUCCUUUCCCUAAGCCCUAUGCUGAAGUGCCCAUCCUAUUAGGAGAGUGGUGGAAGCAAGAUGUGAUGAAGGUCCUCGAGGAAUUUGUUAGAACUGGAGGAACCCCAAACGACUCUGAUGCAUUCACCAUCAAUGGUCAGCCUGGUGAUUUAUAUCCAUGCUCCAAGCCUGGAACAUUCAAGCUAACCGUGGAACAUGGCAAGACCUAUCUCCUCCGCAUAAUCAACGCCGCUAUGAACGAAAUCCUCUUCCUCUCCAUGGCCAAACACAAACUCACUGUGGUCGGAGCCGAUGCUAGCUACACCAAGCCCUUAAAAACAAAGUACAUCACAAUCUCCCCUGGCCAAACCAUUGAUGCCUUAUUUCACGCCAACCGCCACCAUGGCCGCUACUACAUUGCCGCCCGAGCCUACUCUGCGGGCAACAUACCCAUCGAUAACACCACCACCACCGCAAUAAUCCAAUAUGCCGGAAAAAAAUCCACAGCCACUUCACCACCGCUAUUUCCACACCUCCCGUACUAUAAUGACACACGUGCCAUGGUGAAUUUCACCGGCAGCCUAAGAAGCUUGGGUAGCAAGGACCAUCCGGUCAAUGUUCCAUUAAAAAUCACCAACCCUAUGAUCUCAACCGUCUCGGUCAACACCCUUCCGUGCCAUCCCAACCGUACAUGCAUGGGGCCGAAUGGGACCCGAUUGGCUGCGAGCAUGAACAACUUAAGUUGGGUGAACCCAUCCCUUGAUAUCCUCCAAGCUUACUAUUAUCACGUUAAGGGCGUGUUUGGGGGUCGAUUUCCGAACUUUCCACCAUAUGUGUUUAAUUUUACGGCUGAUUAUUUUCCGAUGGAGUUGGAGAUACCGAAGAAAACCAGACAGGUGAAGAUUUUGAAGUAUGAUUCAACCGUGGAGGUGGUUUUUCAAGGGACUAAUUUGGUGGCUGGGAUUGAUCAUCCUAUUCAUUUACAUGGGCAUAGUUUUUAUGUUGUUGGGUGGGGAUUUGGGAACUAUGACAAAUUUAAGGAUCCAUUGACAUACAACCUUGUUGACCCUCCUCUCCUUAACACUGUUCCUGUCCCAAGAAAUGGCUGGAUCACCAUCAGAUUCAAGGCUAACAAUCCUGAAGUUUGGUUCCUUCAUUGCCAUUUUGAGCGCCACCUGACGUGGGGGAUGGAGACAGUGUUCAUAGUGAAAAAUGGCAAGCACCACAACGCUACUAUGCUCCCACCUCCACCACAUAUGCCCCCUUGUUGAAGCAAUUUUUCCAUGGAAAAUUCUUCAAUACCAAUUAUAUAUUAUUUUAGCAAUAUUUUAAACUUUUUUUCUUCUUAUUUUUAGUUCUUGCUGUUUGAAUUGAUUGGAACAAUAGUGAUUUUAUUUUAAAUUAUACUUGGACUA